AUAAAGUUUAAUCACAAAUCACAAUUACAAAUAAUAAUAAAACAUGGCUAGCUCUUUUUUCACUAAUAAUGUGAAGUUUCUCUCUGCUCAUGUUCUUGGAGGAUUCUCCAUCUCUCUCAUUACCAGACGUACGUACGCGGUGGCAACAGCACAAAGUGUAGCAAGCGGAGGAAGAGCCACCAUAAGUGGCAGCAAAAUGGGGCCGGCGACGGUGGAAGAAAAGGUGGCAACUGCUAAAAAGGUGUCAUGGAUGCCGGACACUGUCACCGGUUACUACAAACCAGAAAACAUCAAUGAGAUCGAUGUUGCUGAGCUCAGAGCUUCACUUUUGACCAAAAAAUUCAACAAUUAAUAAUGAUUAUGUGACUCCACCAAAACAUAUGUUAUGAUUACAACAAUAAAAUUCUCAUUAUGUUUCAUACUUUCAUGUAUGAUAUACUAGUAGCGAAAGGUGAUGAAUUAGGACAUGAAGAUUAUGAUUUAAUAUUUCAAGCAUCGUUUGUGAACCUUACUUAAUCGAACCUCUAGGCGAAUA